UAACAGCUUUCACCACAUCGGCUAGCAUUAUGAAUACAGAAACAACAAGUUCUUCACAUGUGCUGCAACCAGUGACGUCACGACACGUUCGGGAAACACAGGUGACAAACACACACCGUCCGACGAGAAUAUAUAAAUAUAUCAAUCAGAUAGAUUACCAAUCAGUAUUGAGGCCAGCGGCAUUCGGUAUAGUGCGAGUAUUAAACCGACUACUUGUAACGAUUGUGAAGAUAUUAAUAUGGCGAAGCUUGUCCUUUUAAUGACUAUGCUGUGUGUACUUGUGAAUAUUGUGUUUGGUAGACCUUCACAAGCAAGUCAUCCAACCCCUCAAGUUAUGUGCAAGAUGCCUGAAGUAAGAGGUCGAUGUAGAGCACUACUGCAAAGAUGGAGGUAUGAUGCGUUGUCCGGUAAAUGUAUGGAAUUCAAAUUUGGAGGCUGUGAUGGAAAUGAAAACAACUUUGCAUCGGAGAAGGCAUGCAUGGCGAUGUGUGCAGGUAUCCGCUAAGAAAAGUUGGGAUGCCAACCAAAUUAAAGCAUUUGAUCACCUCUAUGUACAAAUUAGCAUAUAUUUUUGAGUACCUAUUUAUUUUUAAGACUUUUGUAUAUGUUGAUGUAAAUAUACAUUUGAUAAAUAUUUUA